AUUUUGUGUAAUCCAAUCAUCCUGCUCUAUUGCAUCUCAUGCUUAGUCUUCAAGAGUAAUUGAAAAGCUCACAGUGACAAUUGUCUCUGUUUCCAGAUGUCGUCGACAUAAGGAGUGUGGCUCUCACCACUUCAUUGACAUAGGGUGUGUACAUGGCUCUCCAGGUCAGAGUUGCUCCAAGCAAGGUUGUUUUGCAGAACCUCCUUAUAUGUGUCAUCCUCUUCUACACUGUGUACUAUUUGGUCCUCAGCGUGGGCUGCAUGGCGCUCCAGGUGUAUGAACUCAGUGUCCUGGCACCGUUUGACUUCAAAACAUGCCCCUCAUGGCUCAACACAAGUUAUCAAGUUCUUUUAAUCUCAACAGAAGUCACCUACUUCAUUUGUGGAUUGCUUUUUGUUCUUAUUGUGGAAGAAUGGGUGUGGGAUUAUGCUAUUUCAGUAACUAUUCUCCAUGUUGCCAUCACUUCAACAGUUAUGUUGGAAUUCCCUUUGGCAUCACAUUGGUGGGCUGCUUUAGGAUCCGGCUUAAUUUCAAUGAUAUGUGGAGGCCAGGCUUUAGCAUGCUGUUUGUUCAAAGACAACUUUAUCUAUCCAGAGCUAGAUGGUUUUUAACAGAAAGGCUGAAUUAAUUUGCCUCAGAUUUUCUAUAUUAUUAUGUACAUUGUGUUAAAAUUAAAUUGUAUUUUUUGUUCAUACCUAUAUUCAAGGUUAAAUUUAUUUAGGAGACUUUCUAACUAUGAAAAGAAAAAAGAGAAGUUAAUGGACAGCAGAAGAAUCCUACUCAAGAAUUCAUGAGCAAAAUGUUGCAAACUCAUAAACGCAGUGUUCCUCAUAGUGUGUUCCAUAAAAUGUUAGUUCUGAAGGAUGUUAAUGAUGCCAUGCAAAGAAAAUAAAAGUUUCCUUAAGUAUAUUUGUGGAAUCUUGGGCUUAAGUAAAACAGACUUAUUUAUUUCAGGACUUCUUAAAAUCCUUGACGUACUACUGUAAACACAGCAGUGGUAAGCCUCAUGCAUGGUUUCUCAAAUGUAUUUAACCAGGAACAUACCUUUAGGAGAUGCUAAUGCAUCUCUGGAAAGUAUAACACAGAAGAAGGCAGAUUCAAAA